GCCCCCAAGGCGACCCCCUUUGGCCCUGAGGGCUCCGGGAGGCCCCCAGGAUGGCCCAGAAGGGCUCCGACACAGCCCCAGAGCGUGCGAGGACGACCCAGGAGGGUUUCAAGACCCCGUCCCAGGGGCCUCCGCACGCUUCGGGGCGCUCUCACGGGCCAGCCCAGCGGACAGCCCCACGCCGAUCCCGACGGCGCCCCCGCAGGUUUCCGCAUUUGGCGAUCCGCAUUUGACGAACGUCUACGGUGAGCGAUUUGACCUGAUGCGGCAGGGCAAAGUCUUGCUCAUCAAUAUCCCACGUGGAAAACCUGUGGAGGACGCGCUGCUCGUCGCGGAGGCCGACGUGCGCCGAAUGGGUGCGCAGUGCGCGGACAUGUAUUUCCAAAGGUUGAACAUCACAGGGGCGUGGGCGGACGAGGCGCACGCUGGCGGUCUCACCUUCGAUGCCAAGACGGCGCACGAGGCGGGCGCGGGGUGGACGAAGUUCGGUCCGCUGGAGCUCAAGGUCGUCCGCGGGCGCACGGACCAGGGCGUCCCGUACUUGAACUUCUACGCCAGGCACCUUGGGAAGGCUGGGUUUGCUGUCGGGGGCCUGCUGGGAGAGGACGAUCACACGGAGGCUGCGACGCCCGCGGCAGAGUGCGGCAAACAAUUGUCCCUUGCGCGUCGUGCCGCACCGACGCGUGCAGCACCGAGUUCGGCUCCGAGCUCUGUCGCAAUGGCGAGCUUCCACUGAGGCUCGAUGGCCCAGUCCCACCUGCUCCGGUCGCGUUCCGGGCCUGGUUCUCCCUUUCCUCUGAAGCCUCGACAUGCCCAAUACGACACUCUGCCAGCUCGUUCUAUUCCUUUUUCUUUUGCUCGCGUGCCUCUUCAGGAGGCGCAUCAUCAGAUGCACAUAACUGGGGACUUGCCCCUGGGAACCCCCAGGCCGGCACCACGACCGCGAACAGGGCUGUCCCAGGCCACAGGAUGCUACUUCGGGUCCUGCAUCUUUCCCGGGCGGCCCAGAAACGCUCUAAGAGAAUCGCAAGACGUCUCCA